CUUCUUGCGGUGCAGUAGCGUUGGACAUUUGAGCAGCAGCGCGGAGGUUGUUUGCGUAAGGUGCGGAGCUUCUCUUCUUCGUGUGCUGCGUCACAAUCACGUUGAGAGGUUGAACUCAGCCACCAGCCACCAUAAAGGCGCACUAUCACCCCCUGCCGGAUGGAUGGGGGAACAGCAAAUGACUCUCAACACGCCGCAAAGUUUAACAGAUGUUCUGCAGCAGUGGGACUGUCUGGAAGAAGAGUAUCAGCAUGCUCAGGAGACACACAGGACGUACCUCCAAAAACUGGAUGAAAUUUCCAAACUGCAAAAGAGCUGCUCUUCCUCCAUUUGCCUUCAACGGAUACGACUCAAGGAGAUGCACUCCCUGGUGAAAAAGUGCAGCAAAGGACUGUCGGAGGAAGAUGCCCUUGAUGAAAUAAAAGAGAAAAUAAAGAUGCAAACCAAUGCUUUCUUUGAAAUGGAAGCCUUCCUCCCCAAGAAAAAUGGGCUGUACCUCAGUCUGGUUCUCGGAAAUGUGAACGUCACUCUGCUCAGCAAACAGUUAAAAUUUGCCUACAAAGACGAGUAUGAGACGUUCAAGCUGUACCUCACUGUUGUGCUGCUGCUGUUUUCCUUCACAUGCUUUUUCUUUGUGAGCUACAGAUUCCUUGAUGCUAUUCUCAACUUCCUGCUGGUGUGGUAUUACUGCACAUUAACAAUCAGGGAAAGUAUCCUCAUCACCAAUGGCUCCAGGUCAGUCCUAUGUAUAAUCCUGAAGUCAUUUGUACUUUUAAAAAAUGAUAUUGGAAAAUCAUGUUCUAUAUGUCACCUACAUUAUAGAAUCAAAGGCUGGUGGGUUUUCCAUCAUUACAUCUCAGCUUUUUUGUCUGGUGUAAUGCUGACAUGGCCAGAUGGCAACUUGUACAAGAUAUUCAGGAACCAGUUCCUGGCUUACUCCCUCUAUCAAAGUUUUGUUCAAUGUCUACAGUGUUAUUAUCAGAGUGGAUGUCUAUACAGACUCAGAGCCCUGGGAGAAAGACACAACAUGGACCUUACUGUAGAGGGAUUUCAGUCCUGGAUGUGGAAAGGGCUGACAUUUCUUUUGCCCUUCCUGUUUUUCGGUCACUUCUGGCAGCUCUUCAAUAGUCUCUCUCUCUUCAGAAUGGCUCAGCUCCCAGCCUGCAAAGAAUGGCAGGUCUUGGUGUGCAGCCUCUGCUUCUUUAUUCUGUUCAUGGGUAACUUCUUCACUACUCUUGCUGUGGUCUAUCAGAAGCUCAAAAGGAGGAAUCAGAAAACGAAGAUCCUGUGCUACAAACUGUAUUAGUGGCUAUUCAAGUCUUUUAGUCAAUCAAUGUAAUCAAGUCUGACUUCUGUAGAACUGAAAGUCAUAUGCCAUGAAAAUAUAGAUUAGUGUAUUAGAAAGCUCAGUAAGUUUUUUUGCGAUCAAUGUUUGAGACUUGCUUUCUGUAUACAUUGCCCUUUUAUCUAAUGAUAUUAUUAAUACAACUUUGUUUAUCACAUUUCUCAAGGUUAAUAUACUACUAUGUAUUUGUGUGUACUUUAAUUUGUUUUGUUGUGUCUGUUGAAUAAGGUAGAUAUACAUGACAUUAUUGUGUGUACGUAUUUUAUUUAGUGGUAGAAAGUAACCAAGUACAAAUACUUUGUGUCUGUAGAUCUUUAUAUUAUAUAGAUUUAUGACUGAAAUAGUGGGGACAACGUCGAUCAUCAACUGGCAUCUUGAAAGAAAACAAACACAGGUAAGCUCACGUUAACUGUAAGUAACACCAACGAAUCAAAAUUUGUCUUUUUAAGAUUAAUAUUUCAAGAAUGAGGUUUUAAUUCCACCUUAAAUUGCCGUUGUUAUGAGACCUCAGUGUGGACGUUUACGUCACAAAUCACUGCAGUCUCUUAUGUUUCUUAAUUGCAACCAAGAUCCCCUUUAAACCUUGAUUUUUAAAUACAUGCAAUGAUUUUUAUUUUUGUCACUGAUGGUGUAGCGGUACACUCGCCUGACUUUGGUGCAGGCAGCGUGGGUUCAGUUCCCACUCAGUGACGGUGUGAAUGUGGGUGCGAAUGGUUGUCCGUGUCUAUAUGUGCCCUGCGACUGACUGGCGACCAGUUCAGGGUGUAGUCCGCCUUUCGCCCGAAGUCAGCUGGGAUAGGCUCCAGCGUCCCGCGACCCUAACCAGGAUAAGCGGUGUUGAAAAUGGAAAUGAAAAUGGGAUUUUUAUUUUUAUUUUUUUGCAAGAAUUUAGUCACAAUUUUUUUUAAGAUUUUAGAUUUUUGCAUUUUGUGCUUUGAACGAGUUGCAGACACCAUGUUGUUG